GCUCUCGAUCGAGAAGAGCUGCUGUACGGACGGCGUUACACACAGCCUGUGCAUAGUAGUCUUCGCGAGAGGUAUAUACGUAGUCUGCGCGUGGACGGCGCGCGUCUUUCUGCCCUCCGAGGAGAAGGAAGAAACAUGCGGUUUCAGCUUCUUUUGCUCAGUGCUCUGGUCGCGCUCGUUACCGGCUAUGCAAAGGCUGGACGAUUCGAGGAGCAAGACUACGGCGAAGGAAGCAACAAUCACGGUUCUAAUGCUUCAAACGGCGGCGCUCGCCGAGGCCAUUUCGGUUACACGCGACCCGACGAUUGGCUGGCCGACUUCCCGAUCUGCUCCGGACCGAGGCAAUCGCCGAUCAACAUCGAGCUCCAGGACGUCAAGAUGAUGGAGAGCAAGAGGCCGCCCCUCGGACGCUACGGCUACGACACUAGGCCCAAGAAGAUGACCAUCACCAAUAACGGACACUCGGUGCAACUGAGCGGAGUGUGGCCAGCUCGCGAUACACCGACGGUCUACGGGGGCCCCUUGACGGGACUGUACGAGCUGGCUCAGGUACACUUCCACUGGGGCGCCGACAACGACGCCGGCAGCGAGCACACGGUUGCCAAUCACAGUUUUCCGCUGGAAAUGCACAUGGUGCACUGGAAAAAGGCCUAUCAGAACAUAUCCGAAGCUAUAAAGCACGACGAUGGGAUAGCUGUUCUGGGCUAUCUUUUGUCGCUUGACAAAAAUGCAAACAUGGGCAUUGAAAGAAUGAGGACAGACUUUUCAAAAAUACUGAAACCUAGACAGAGUACGGAUAUAGACCCUUUUCCCUUGUCGCUAUUCGACUUAGACCUAUUAAAAGAGGGAUACGUAACAUACUUGGGCUCGCUGACUACACCACCCUGCAGUGAAUCUGUCAUUUGGCUGAUAUCAGUGCGCAUAAAAGAUGUGACCAUUGACGAGCUGGAAUCGUUUAGAAAACUACAAUUGGAUAAUCACGACGAUCACAACUACAGGCCAACACAGCCACUCAAUGAUCGGCCUAUUUACUACCUUUACGACACACCAUUAAGAGGGUAAAUGUAGUACACCGAUAAAGAAAAAUUUGGCACAGAAAACUACUUGAAAAAAUUGCUUUAAACUUGAAAUGUAAAUAUUAGUGUUUAAUUGUCUACGUUGAAUCAAGUGUGUAAAAAGGUAUCAUUCUGAAACAAAACCACAAUGUACAUAAAAAUCUGUAUAAUGGAGUGUCAAAACUGAAAUGUUGACGCGAUUUUAGAAUAAAAUUUAUUUUUUUUA